CGAGAUACUUUAGAGUCAUAUCACAUCGAAGUAGUUCAUGUCUGCAUACAGCUGUCCUGUAUUCAGACGGUUAGGUACGCGUGUACCAGAACAUACACUGAGAAAUAUUCAACGGCAUAGUUGCCGGCUAUAAAUAGCUUUGAACACCAUGGCUGCAGCCUGUGACACUGACAUGGUCGUGUCUGGUGACCAGAUUACUGAUGAUAACAUAGAAGCCAACGAAACGAAUAACAAGGCAAUUCUAGGCAUUCUAUCUACCUCUAUAUUUAGCUUUAUAGACCAGAAAGAUGAAGCUGUCACUUAUGAAGACGUUACGGACAGUGACAUCCACCAGGCGGUUAAUCAUUUCCGGAAGAUACAUGAAAAGGGGUACGCGUUGAUCAUCUUCCAUCAUCUGCUGCUUCCGGAGGACAAGUUCAGGAAAAAAGAAAACGUACUAACGGAUGAGCAGGUGGAGAGUAUUUAUCAGGCGACUACACGUGUGUACACCAUUAUGAAGGACACACCGCCAACAGGUGUAUACGUGGCCAGGUGUAUGAGACGAGUCCUAGACAACGAGCUAUACUGGGUGGAGUGGAAGAACAAGGCUUGCCCGGCUACUUCCUUCCAACCUGACUCCAUAUCACAAUUGCCUUUACCACCCCCGCUACCCAAUCAACAACCAAACCCCGCCUCAAACAAACGCCGCUUUACGCCUGGUGAAACAGUUUCCUCCAAAGCCAUCUUGGGAUCGUGCACUGCCAAGGUCGAUCAAAUUUGGGAAACAUUUAAGUCAAACACGACGUGCAAAUCCAGCAAUGAUACAAACAAUCAUAUCGACUACUUCACUGGCGUACCUCAAGAAAAGAUCUUCCUGGACUUCGUCGAGGAGGCAGUGGAGCAGUGUGAUCCAAUUGCAGAGAUAGACAUGGAAUACCGAAUAGUCAACGAGGACUGGUGGUGGCGUUUGGCCACGCGCAUCUGUCAGAGACACAGCGUGAAGUACAAAUACAAAUUGUCAGAAAUCAUAGGAAAUAGUAAGGCUGCUAUGGUGCAACUCCUCGAGAGCAUGUGGAAAGAAAGAAAUCCGGAAAAGGUCAAGCAGAUGGCUGAAGAAGCAGCGAAGGCGAAGGCUAUGAAAGAUAAGCAACUUGCCGAGCUCGCGGCGGAGGAAGAGAAAGAAAGGUUGGCUCUUGAAGAAGCCGAGAAAGCGAACAAAAAGGCCGCUGAUGAGAAGCUCAAGCAGGAACAGCUGAAAGCAAGGUUACAGGAAGACAAGGCUAAGAAGGACGAAGCUAAGGCUAAGCUCAAAGAGGAGGCAGAAAUCGCGAAACUUGAGAAUGCCGAUGAAAAUCUCAAAAAGGAGACCGAUACAGGCAAGGCUGGGCCAGGGCCAGAUACACUGGUUAGUAGAAGGUCGUCUGGUGCUAUUAAGAGAGAGUCUUCGAUUGAAAGCGGCGAGGAAAGCAGCAAUAGUCAGUAUGGUGGCGGUCAGUCAAAAACUACUAUCAGCGAGUAUACUAAGAAACCUGUAUCAGCUAACACAAACACAACCUCUGGUACAAAGCGCAAGGCAGACAGCAAUAGGAUAGAUUCGAACAGUACGAUGCGCAGUGAGAGUGACGCAAAAAAACUUAAAGCGGAUAAUGGGGAGGCGCGAAGAAAAUCUAUCAAAGGAACCGAUGACCUUUAUAAAGAUGCUGAAAUUCGAGCUAAGGACAGCGACUAUAAACGUAGCAAGGAAAGUGAUCGGGAGAAGUCGAAGGACAGAAGAACCAAUGCAAGCGACUCACGCCCUACUUCGAGACCAAGUUCGCGACCAGCUUCGAGGCGGGCGUCUAGCGAUAGGUAUUCGAGUGACAACACAAUAGGGAAGACAAAGGAUGGUGAUGGAUCUACUUUUAAUAGUAAGGGAUUGGGUAGGAAUGGUGCCAAUGAUGAUAGUAUAGGCGUGGUCCAAAGUCAGGGCGCGAAGAACAUUAGGACGAAAGUGAAGGCCACAGAGAGGGUUAGAAGCAGUCCAAGUCAAACCACCAUCACAUCUGCGAGCGAUUCUAAUCACAAAUUAGGUUCUACAGGCCGGACGUCUAGUUGUGCUUCGCUCGGAGGUGAAAGUACAGGAGAGAAAUCGGACAAAUACGACAAUCAUGACAGAUCACAGUCCGUUGGAAACCGUGCAAAUAGUGGAAAUUCCGUGUCUAUGCAACAUGGCACUGGUAUCUCGAGUAUGAACUCGAGUUCCAAAUCAGAUGCGACAAAGGCACCACCAAAGUCGCACAUCCGCAAGGCAGAGAGCAUUGGUGUUCGACAAGCAUCAAUUACUGCACGAGACACAUACGCAGGGGUUAAACAUAGCACAGACAGCGGCAGUGGAGAGGUUGAUACUGAAGCAAAUCAGACUCAACAGAAAAGUAACAGCAGAUCUAACGCACAGACACCAAAUGGUCGCAUGCGCAAUGCUGCAGGGGGCGGGUCUGGAGGACCUGGAUUGGUGCAGCGACAAUUGUCAGAUGUUAUGCAACAAAGACAAAAUAGAUUCCAACCACAGGGAAAAGGCAGUGGUAGUAAUGUAGGUAGCCCCGUGCAAUCUCGGGGACAUCUGGGGGAGGGCAAUACGAAUGGACGUACGCACAAUACCAACCAGAAUGAUAGAGGGAAUGCAAAUAACAGUAACAAUACGUCUCGUCGGUCCUCGGGAGUUGGAUCACACAGUGGAAAACGAGAUAUGAGGGAUGGUGGUACACCAGAGAGGAAGAAAUCGAAGCAUUAUUAGCAUAGAAUCUGAUUGAAAAUCUGAGGAACCCGAACCUGUCUGUUUACAAAUGUCGACCCGAAGUAUGAUCUCUACAGAUUAUGAUCACUACAGAGAGAACCGUGAGAUCCUGUCGCUAUACUGCGGGACAAUCCUGUUGAUAAAACUGCCUCGGGAGAUUACCCACACAACACACACACACAGUCACACACACACUCUGUCUAUCUCUCUGAUACUCUAUACAUACAUUGAGAUUAGAGACCGAGAUAGAUAAAGAUGAAACACUUCAUUGAAAUGACACUGAGAUAUUGGUAUUUGGUACAAGCCAUUUGGGGUCAAUAUUAUGCUUUCUCGAGUGACUCUCGACUCUCGUGAAGUCUCACUCUCGUCACUCUGCUGACUCUGGGAGUGCAAAACUAUGAAUUGUUUCUCUGACAUGCUACUAGAUUACAAUCUGUCCAGAUUCCAAUUCCGAACCUCGUGUGGAGAGGAUGGCCAGAGCCGGACAGCCGGUCACAGCACUGAGCCAUUGACAAGUAACAGCAGGAGUCUGCAGGACUGCCGUCUGCCGGUGCAUUGCUGUAGUGCUAUACCUACUGCUUGCCCACUUGGCCCCUCUGCGCUGGCCGUUGGGUGGUAUUCAUUAAAUUGUCGAAGUAUUUAC